UGCCAGACGUCCUGUUGCGUGCCCAGCUCCUGCCAGACGUCCUGCUGUGUGCCCAGCCCCUGCCAGAUGUCCUUCUGCGUGCCCAGCUCCUGCCAGACGUCCUGCUGCAUGCCCAGCUCCUUUCAGGUGACCUGCUGCACCCCCAGCCCCUGCCAGACGUCCUGCCCUGGUUCCCUGGAUGGCAUCCCUACUUGCUGCCCUCCCCCAGGCUGUGGGGGCUCCUGCAGUGCCCCCUGUGUGGCUCUCCUGUGCCAGCCUGUGUGCAGCUCAUCCACUUCCUACCAGUCAGCCUGUAGCUACCUGUCCCUGUGCUGCCCAGUGGCCAGCGGCCAGGCCUCCUCCUGCAGCUCAGCCUGCUGCACCCCCAGCUCCUGCCAGACGUCCUGCUGUGUGCCCGUGAGCUACAAGCCUGCUGUGUGCCUGCCCGUGAGCUGCAAGCCUGCUGUGUGCCUGCCCGUGAGUGGCAAGCCUGCUGUGUGCCUGCCCGUGAGCUGCAAGCCCAUUGUGUAUGUGGCUCCCUCCUGCCAGUCCUCUGGGGGCUGCCAGCCCUCCUGCCCCACCAUGGUCUGUAGGCCUGCCCCCUGCAGCACCCCUGACUGCUGCUGA